GUUGAAGGAAACAUACAGCAGAUUUUUCAGGUGAAAACAAAAACUGAAGGUAGAGAGAGAACAAGAUCUGAUAAAACCGUGUUAAGCACUUAACUGUUACCUUUAUAUGUUACAAGUUAAUUCUUCAAAUUUUAUUGAUGAUGAAGAGCAGUUUCGGUUCUUUAUCAUUGAAAGAAUAAGAAGGGUUUCUAACUUAGUCUUCUUCACUUACCCCAAAGGCACUCUGUGCCACACGACCUUGAGGUAAGCAAAGAAGAGAAAAAUGAGUAUGAAGAGCAAGGGUGGAGCUGUGGAAGUGAAUGCAAGGGGUGUCCUUCAUAGAAAAUGGGCUCUUUUUCUUUGUGUGGGAAGCUUCUGUGCUGGAAUGUUCUUCUCCAAUAGGAUGUGGUUGACGCCUGAAUUUAAAGAAAUAUCAAGAACUUCUAGUGAGUUUGAUCAGCUAAAAUUAAACUCUGAGGAUUGUAAUGUAAAUCUAGUUGUAAAGCCUAACUCCAAUUACAGUCAAGUCGAAGUUUCAAAUACACAACAUGUCAUCAGGAAACAGAGUAAGACAAUAUCGGCUUUGGAGUGAAUAUUUAGUUACCUUUGGUAGAGUUCUGAAUUUUUUAUGAAUGGUUCUCAUGUACCAGGAAACACACAAACAGUUGAAUCAACUUCAAGGAAAAAAUGUUUCAUGGUUAUAGGGAUCAAUACAGCUUUUAGUAGCCGAAAGCGAAGAGAUUCUGUUCGUGCAACUUGGAUGCCACAAGUUGAGGAAAGAAAGAAGUUGGAGGAUGAAAAGGGCAUAGUCAUACGUUUUGUUAUAGGUCACAGUUCUACAUCAGGUGGCAUUCUUGAUAGAGCUAUAGAAGCAGAGGAGAAGCUUCAUGGCGACUUUUUGAGGCUGAACCAUGUUGAGGGCUAUCUCGAACUAUCAGCAAAGACAAAGACCUAUUUUUCAACUGCUGUUGCUUUGUGGGAUGCAGAUUUUUAUGUCAAAGUUGAUGAUGAUGUCCAUGUGAAUUUAGCAACACUUGGAUUGACUCUGAGUAUGCACCGUAUGAAACCUCGAGUGUAUAUUGGGUGCAUGAAAUCCGGCCCUGUGCUUGCUCAGAAGGGAGUGAAAUAUCAUGAACCUGAAUACUGGAAGUUUGGUGAGGUAGGAAACAAGUACUUUCGUCAUGCUACCGGACAACUAUAUGCCAUUUCACAAGAUUUGGCUACUUAUAUAUCAACUAAUCAGGACGUGCUGCAUAAAUACGCAAAUGAAGAUGUUUCUUUGGGAUCUUGGUUCAUUGGUUUAGACGUGGAGCAUAUCGAUGACAGGAGAAUGUGCUGCGGCACACCCCCGGAUUGUGAGUGGAAAGCACAGGCAGGCAACAUGUGUAUAGCUACUUUCGAUUGGAGAUGCAGUGGGAUUUGCAGGUCUGUGGAGAGAAUAAAGGUGGUUCACCAGCGCUGCGGCGAGGAUGAAAAUGCCCUGUGGACUGCAACAUUUUGAUAUGAAACCUUAAGGAGAAGAAGAUAUGAAUGAAGCAUGCAGAUACUUAUACAUAAUAUGUAUGCUAGUAGUAGAAGGUUCAAUAGUCAACACUUGCAGCUUAGUAUUUUGGAGAAGAGAAUAGAAGAGAAUGAAAGAGUAUAGUUGUAUGACCAACCAACCCAACCCAACCCAACCCAACCCACAUUCUUUUAGUAAUGGCCGGAGGACUUUAUAUAUAUAUUUCUUGUUCUCUGCCAUCUCUAACUCUAAAUAAUAAUUGCUUCUCACCAAUAAAUCACUAUAGUCUACAUAUAUGUGUUAUUGUUAUUAUUAUUU